AACAAGUUAUUGUAUAUACGUAAAACAUAUGUACAUAGGAUGAUCGCUUUCACAAUAUUAAAUUGGUAUUUUCUUUUGAUUAAUAUAAAUUGGAUCUUCAUAACGACGAAUAUCGAAAUGUAAUAAACAUAGCAAAAUAUAAACAAACGUGUUAAUGGAUGAUUUCAUUAUACAUUAAUACUUCUUGAUAGAUCAAUCUAUUAGAAAGAGUACACAUGUAGGAUACUAUAAGCACGUUUUUGUAAUAUAAUGGUGCGUAAUAUUUCAAUACAGCACAGUGAGUGUAGAAUCAUAUAAAGGCAACUAUGUCGAGAAAUUUAGCUAACGCUUUUUUCCCUUUAGAAUUAAUUUUGAAAUUGUUUGCACUCGGAAAUUUCGAACAUUUUCCCGGACAACUAAGCAUAUAUUUCACUAACUUGUAUACAAUAAUUGUCUGGCUUAUUUAUUUCAGCUUUGCCAUUUAUUUGGAGUAUCACAAGUUCAUUUGUAAAGAUAUCGUAGGUUUUAUAAUGUUCAAUUCUAAAUUAUUCAUGACUAUGACAAUGGUGAUGAGUUUCCAGUAUUAUAAGCAAACACGGAAGCGAUGCUUGGACAAAAUUACAUUGAUAAACGAUACAUUGGAAAGACUUCAGAUUCCAAACAAAUAUCAAAGUUUACAUAAUAGAAUAAGGCGUAAUAUUCUCGUAUGGAUAUUAAUUACUGUCAGUAUAAAUAUAACACAAUUGUCAUGGUACAAGGAUAACUUAAAAGAGAUCAAAUCAUAUUUGUUUAUAUACACAAUAAAUCAUCCUUCAAUUGCUAAUAGCCUGAUGCACAUGAAAUAUGAAUCUGUUAUUUGGUAUACGGCGUCGAUUUUCGAAAAAAUUAAUAAAUAUAUUUUACAUCUAUCCUUGAACAAAAAUAACGAUUCGAAAACAUCGAAGAGGACAAGCGAAGCUUUUAAAAGAUCGAAUUACCAACGUCUCAUUGAUACUCCUCAGUAUAAACGAAGUUUAUUAACAAUAAUGCACGUACACCUGGAACUUUCAAAAACAUGUUAUGAAUUUCACAAAACAUUUGAAAUACAACUAACUAUUGAAAUGGUGACUCAAUUAAUAUAUAUAUUGGGAUAUGUACAGGCACAACAUAUAUAUUUUAAAUUUACAUUAUCCUAUAUGUUUGAUUUUACGCCUGUAGUAUUGUCGAUGGUUAUAUCAUUGUUUAACGUGACAUUUAUAAAUAACACAAUCGAAAAAUGUUGCACAAAGGUGAAAUAUACGGAACACGCCCUUCAUAUUUUAAGAGAUUUCACGUACGAUCCAGAAAGACAAGAAGAGAUUUUCCAAUUUAUUCUACAAAUUACACAAAAAUGACUAAGGCUUUCCGGGGUGGGUCUAUUUGACUUUGGCCAUCACUUCGUUUACAAGGUCAGUAACCUUAACACAUUUUAAGUUACAAUCUUGUUUUGGUUUAUAUCAAUUAUUAAUAAAUAAUUUAUUUAAAAUGAAAUUUUUCAGUAUUUUCUAUUCAUGAUGGAUUCCAUUAUUAUUAUUCAACAAUUGAACGAUAACUCAAAUUAUCCACCGUAAACGUUCUGUAAUAUUUAUGAAACUACCAUUGUAUAUUAUCCGUUUCCGGCAGUAGGUAUAAUGAAAUUGUUAUCUCCCAAAUAGUGCUUUCUUUCAAAUAAAUUUGAAUGUUAAAAGAUAAAAGUUAAUAUAUAACAUACUUUUAUUAAAAUAAAUAGUAAUAGCAAUUACUGAACACACUUAUAACUGAGAGAAGUUACCGAAUAUAAAUACAACACUCGAUAGAAUUAAUAUAAUGUCUAGUUACUGUUAGUUCCUGUAUAAUUCAUAUUUCUUAACUCGUAGAAAAAACUUUUUAUAAGAAAAUUAUUUUGUCAGAUCUAAGUAUGUAAUAAUCAUUAUUUCAAUCUCUAUCGAUAAAUCGAAAACGAAGAGGUUUAUCAGGUACAUUCAUCAUAUAAAAACUUGUUCCAAUAUCGGCGUAAUUAUAUUCGAUUUUGAACUCCCGGACCAACUAAAAAUAUAUAUCCAAAUUGACAAUAGAUAAUGGAUUUAGCAGCAUUUUCAUAUUUACCUUUGCCGUAAGCAAUGCCAUUUUUAUUUCCGCCAUAUGUCUUCCCAGACAAGAUCGUGCGCCAUGUCCAAAUGGUAAAAAACUAUACUCUUGAAAAUCAUCAUCCAUUUGAUUCGUUAACCAUCUUUCCGGACGAAAUUUCUCCGGAUCUUCGAAAUUUUCUUCGCGUUGCGACGUUAUUUGACUGGCCAUUAUUACAAAAGUCUAAAUAUUUUAAAUAUUUUGAAAAGUGAAAAAUAUAUAUAAAAGGAAAGAAAUGCGAUAUAUGCGUUUACCCCUUUUGGUACUGUAUAUCCAUGGAGACAUAUCGAAUUUGGUAAUAGUCUGGUAAUGUAGGGAAAAGCAGGUCGCAAUCUUGAAUGAAAAUGUAGUCGCAUCGUAUAAUUAUCCAAAAAAUUAAAUAUUUUUGGAUUGAUAUUAGAAUAUUACGAUACCUUAGACUUUCUUUCAAGCAAGCUUUUAAAUACGGCAUGUCUUGCAAAUUAGUUUCGGUUAUCGAAGAUUCCGCGUUAGGAAUAACAGAAACGAUCUCUUCGUAUAAUUUUUUUUGAACUCUGGGACUCUUCGCCAAGAAAUAUAAAAGAAACGCUUCGCAGUUUGUCAUCUGAAAGCGUAAGGCUAAUAGGGACUAAUUUGAUUAUUUUUAACGAAUUAUCUUUACUGCUUGAACUCCCAAAAUUGCCAUGUCCAUCAAUAAGGUGGAAACAUCAUCGGGAUGAAGACGUUGGGCUAAUAACAACUUUUCUAGAAUGGGCGAAGUUUCAUCGGAACAAGACAACGGCGAUCGGGUUCGAAACAUAUUUUGUGCUUGACGAAUGUAUUUACUUAUAAUACUGAAAUAAAAUCAAUUAAUUUGAUAUCACAGAUUGAUAUAAAACGAUGAGUAGCUUACCCAUCGAUAACAUCGCACGCCGAAAAAAGCCGUUUGGAAAAGGGAGUAUCAAAGAAUCUCCAUACUUGAAAACCAGUUUCGCAACGACUUAAAUAUCUGUGGGCGGUCGCAAGCGCAUCAAUGAAUAUUGCUGGCUCCGAAGUAGGAUUCUGCCCUGUUGAAUCAAGAAAUCCAAGCUUCUUAUCGAAUAUAAGGGCGAAGAAACAUUCCGAGCCCCAGCGAGCAAUCUCUUCAUUAAAAUUAUUAGGAACCUAAUCGUUCGUAAAAACGUUCGUUCUAGCAAUUGGAUUUGGAACUUGUUUGAAAACUACAUACGUACUUCAUCCUGUCUAUUACGUAUUUUUCGUAUUUGACCAAUAAAAUCUUCGGAAAUUAUUUCAAGCUUUCUGAGAAACUUUGAGUCUAUCUUGUUGAACGAUUUGUGUACUUUUUCUUUCAAUUCUAACCAUUCCGAGCAUUGCCUAUGACAGAGAACGACUUUGACCUUUUCCCUUUUGCCAGAAAUACCCUCCCACACACACACACACACACACACACACACACACACGUUACGAUAUAGAAAUAUAUGUACGAUACUAACAUUGAAAAAGCACCUGCGAGACGAUAUUUCCGAUAGUGAAGACGAUAGUGCUCAAGAACAUCGAUACCACUGCGAAUAGGUGCAUCGCCUUCUUGUUUAAAAACUUCUCCUAUAUGUUCUGGUCUGACGGAUCAAUCCGAAAGUAAAAUCAAUAUUUUUCAAUAUUUUUCAUUUAUCCAAGUAAUAGCGUUAAUACCUAUGAAUCAUGACGAUAUCACCGGAUAAUGGACCACUGAGUCUUACGAUACAACCGUAUCUAUUAAAAAGAUAUUUAACCGGCGUAAUGUUGCGAUUCCAACUUAAACGUCCUAAAAGUAAUAAUAAAUAUGCAAUAACUAUACGACGUGCUUAUUGCGAUCGAACUUGUAAAAGUAUCAAAUGUACUGACGGAGAAAUAACUAAUAGUAUUAUAUAUAUAUAUAUAUAUAUAUAUUAUGGAAAAAUGAAUCUUUCAAUCGAGUCUCCAAGCGGAUCUCGAACUUUUGACGGAUCAUAC